AUGGAGACAAAUUUAAGCGACACUCUUAACUCGAUCUUUGACCCUCUACUCAGAAUCGAUAAGAAACGUGAAACAGUUCAUCUAAUCCAUCAAUCCGCAAAGGAUUUCCUCACGGAUUCUCGAUUGAUGAAAAAAUGUCAUGAUCUGCUUAUUUCGCCGGCUGAAUCGAACCUCCAAAUUGCAACCACCUUUCAGAUAUACCUCUCGUUGGAUGAAUUUGAGGAUCUCCGCAUUGAAUGGCCAGAAUAUGGUUCCCGGCCCAAAUAUAUAACGGAUAAAGACAUGCAUGUGCGCCUUCUGGAUUAUAUCGAAUACUGGCCGGAUCAUGUCAAUGAAGCCAAGGCGGAGGAUCCUGGUCUGUGGGAAUCAUUUUCGAGAUUAGCGAUUUCCAAGAGAAAAAUUAAUCUUGCUUUUGAAAUCUACAGAGGAAGUAAACGUUGGUCUCUCAGUCGCCACAUCCAAGCCCUGCCACUACUAAAUAUCUCCGCCGCUUUGGGAUUGGAGUUCUACCUCAGAAGAUUGCUAGAUGAAGGGACUGAAUAA